AUGUCUUCUCCACCUGAUCCCUAUCUGGAAUCCGCGGGGCGUGACAACAGUGAGGAGAAUCCAGACGACUACGUCCCCGGCGGCUACCAUCCGAUCGAGGGCGGCGAACGAUGGCACGACAAUCGAUAUCUCGUCAUUCGCAAGUUGGGUUGGGGCCAGUUCAGCACGGUCUGGUUGGCUCACGAUAAACAACUCGAUCGUCAUGUGGCAAUCAAAGUGGCCAAGUCAGGCAAGCUGUACACAGACAAUGCCAAGAAGGAAAUCGAAUUUCAUCAGCGCGUAGCAUCUGCUAAUUCAUCCCAUCCUGGGUAUGCUCAUGUGGUAUCACUACUCGAUCACUUCACCCUUGACGGUCCCAAUGGCACCCAUAUCUGUCUGGUCGUGGAGGUACUCGGUCUAAGCCUUGCGGGGCUCAAUGCGCUUCUCGGCAGGCUGCCCCCGCCAAUGGUUCGGAAGAUUGGCCGAGACCUCUUACUCGGAUUAGACUAUCUUCAUCGUGAAUGCGGCAUCAUUCACACCGACAUCAAGCCUGCGAACGUGUUGAUCUGCAUCGACGAUAUCGAAAAACUGAUUCGUUGCGAGCUGCGCGACCAUCAAACCAUAGAAUUCGACCGCAAGUCUUCCUGCCCCCUACGUAUUCUUCCGAGUGGUGCGAUAGAUCAGACAAACGUCAAGAUUUGCGAUCUUGGAAGCGCCGCUGCGGCUGCUGAUAAGACAAGCCGUGAGAUCCAAACCCGGCAGUAUCGCAGUCCUGAGGUUGUCAUCGAUGCUCCUUGGGAUCGCCGAGUUGACAUUUGGAGUCUGGGUUGCAUGGUCAGCGAGAUGACAAAACCUCUCGCUGACCAUGCAACCCAUAUAGGCACAAAACUUUUGUGCCUAUAUUCUACUUACAUAAUACCGACGUACGAUGACAGGUGGAACUGCAGCCAGGAUUUGAAAACUUUCUUAUAUUGA